UUGCAGGAAUUGGCUGAGAAGCGACGUAAGCCAGAAACAGUAAAAUCCUAUAAAACAGUGAUCUCACGUUCUCCUUUCGAGCUGGAUUUAGUUGAACCAAUUCUUUUGGAAAAUUACUCUUUCAAGAACACACAGGAUUGGCAUCAGCUGCAAAGUCUCAAUGCUGACACGCUACACAGUGCUAUAAAAGAAAACAAAAUAACAUUUGUCUAUUUUUGGAAUAACGAAAGUACUGUAAGCCAAUAUGUUUUUUAUCUUUGGGCCGAAGCCUCCAAGACGCUGGUUCCCCGUUAUCCAGAUGCAGCGUUUGGCGCCUUGGCAUGUCACGAGCUUGGCGAACUUUGCGAAGACUACGUCACUUCUGCUAGUGAACAGCGCACCAUAUUUGCGUUUAGUGACAACGCUGUGCAUGCAAAAACUAGUGGAUUGAGGGAUCCGAAGUAUUACAUCGACUGGGUUCAUCUGUAA